CGCACUAUAGAUAGUCUUGAGUGUGGGAAAGAAAAUGCCAAAAAUGUGUGCACGUCUUUCGUGUGGUAGAGAUUUCCACUGCGUUCCAGACAUAAAUACAGCCCUUGACACAGCAUGCAAAUCCGGGUUUGAUUUUGUAUGCCUGCCACUUGUAAAUCCUCGUUAUCGGCGAGAGUUUAUGAAUGGCCCUGCCAAGAAUAGACCUGGUGCGCUUACCCGAUCUGAUAUGGUGGUCUCCAGUCAAGACUGGAGCAGCCUUAUUGUUGGGAAAGUAUCACCAUGGUUACAGAAUGAUUCCAAAAUCGACACUGUGAGGAAGAAUUCUGAUGCAGCUCUGAGGCAGGAGCUGAAGUAUGCAGCUCACCUGGGGAUGCCGGCCAUCAUGGUGCCGCUGAAGAGUCGGAGCAUCCUCAACCUGGCCCGCUGCCUCAACGAACAUAUGCUCGGCAGCUACUUCCAGCAGCAGUUCUGGGUGCAGGUGCCCCUCGUCGCUCCAUGGGACCAGAGAGAUGAGGUGAUCGAGGGACUGGAUAGUGGAGACUCCCCAACAGAAGACACAUGGGAAUGGUGGCAUCUGUUUCGUACGCUGUGUGACUGCAACAAGAGACUCGGCGUUUGUCUCGAGAUGACUGCUGAUCUGCCUUGUGAGAGUGUGCUGGAGAGAUGGCUGUCCGAACCCAUCAAGACAGUCACCAUAUCCACAAACCUGUUCCUCACCAACAAGAAAGGCUACCCAGUUCUCUCCAAAGCCCACCAGGGUUUUCUUAGGAGGCUGUUUAGGUUGGAUGCGCAGCUGAUUCUGACCGGCGUGGACCGACACCCAGACAAGGGCAUCAGGGCGUACCAGCAGUAUCUGGACCAUCUCUGGCAGAACCAGACUCCGCCAGACGCCAUCAGCCAGUUCGCCAGGGGCUAUGAAGACUACCUACAGUCUCCUCUACAGCCACUGAUGGACAACCUGGAAUCUCAAACAUAUGAGAUCUUCGAGAAAGACCCGAUAAAAUACUCGCAAUAUCAAAAGGCAAUAUAUUAUGCAUUACUGGACAAAAUAAAACCAGAUGAAAAGGACACAAAAAGUGUGAUAGUUAUGGUUGUUGGUGCGGGACGAGGGCCGCUGGUCCGGGCAGCCAUUGCAGCAGCGUCACAGGCGGACAGGAAGAUCAAGAAGCUGUAUGCUGUGGAGAAAAAUCCCAAUGCUGUUGUUACGCUGGAGAAUCUGAAGGAUGAGAUGUGGGGGGAGCAGGUGGAUGUGAUCUCGUGUGACAUGAGAUCCUGGGAGGCACCGGAGAAGACAGACAUCCUCAUCAGCGAGCUUCUUGGGUCCUUCGGCGAUAAUGAGUUGUCCCCUGAAUGUCUCGAUGGGGCACAGAGAUUUCUUAAAGAUGAUGGGAUCAGCAUCCCCUGCAAGUACACCUCCUACCUAGCUCCCAUCCAGUCAGCUAAGCUGUACAACGAGGUGCGACAGUGUAAGGAAAAGGACAAGGGGCCAGAGGCCCCGUUCGAGAUGCCGUACGUUGUCCGCCUUCACAACUGCCAGAUCCUGUCUGAGCCCCAGAAGGUGUUCACGUUUGUACACCCCAACAAAGAUGAAGUAAUAGACAACUCUAGGUACAAAAGUUUAGAUUUCACCAUAUCCAACGACUGUGUCUUACAUGGGUUUGCCGGCUACUUCGACUGUAUCUUGUUCGGACAUGUUACAUUAAGUAUAGUACCGGCCACACACUCCCCCGGCAUGUUCAGCUGGUUCCCGAUACUCUUCCCCAUCAAGCGUCCUCUCCUGUUAAAGAAGGAGAGUCAGGUGGUCCUUGACAUCUGGCGACUGUGCACGGACAAGAACGUGUGGUACGAGUGGGCUAUACAGGACCCCAUAGCCCUCUCCAUACACAACCCUAAGGGGCGCUCCUACACCAUAGGGCUCUAGAUGGCUGGGGCUGUGGCACGCACACAACGCCAUGGACUGCUUGUAUACUACAGGGCUCUGGAACGCUGGAUCUAUGGCACGUGCACAACACCAUGGGGUGCGUCUCAAUACUAUUGGGCUCCUAAAGCUGGUGCUGUGACAGACACUGUGGUAUUACAGCUGGUUCCCUCCGAACUCCCUCACUAGUGCUGAUUACUUGUUUGUCUUUUAGGUUUUUUCUUUGGGGAAUUGUAAGCACCAAAAAGUCUCUCUCACUUUUCAUUAACUUCAAGAACAGAUAAUGUGUGGCAGAAUAUUCAAAGGUUAAGCCUUAUAAAAGCCUUAAAAAUGUUGUUAUAUAAACUCACGCAUUUGUUUUUUUAGAAUGAAAGGAAAAUGGAUAGCACGCUUUCUGAGACUUGAACACUAAUAUACUGAAACACUUUCAAAACACGUAGUGGAGUUUGCCUCUUGAUAAGUAACAAGUGACUGGAAACUUAUGUCGAGGUAUGACAACGUGAAUGAGGAUUCAAACUCAGACAACAUUAUUGCAAUGUUGCAUGCCAACAGACCUCACUACCAAGUACCAAUUUCUUUGUCUUCUGUCAGUUUGCUGAAAAUUAUUUCCCAAACUCCACUAUGCGUUUUCAUAGUGUCAGCAAGGUUGCUUCCCAGCCGAAUAUGUUAAAAGCAAUUGUCAGAGACAAACUUGUAUAUCUUUUCAGCCUUUUGGCACUAUUUAAAUGUUUUGGGAAACAUUUAUGCUAGACUUUUUCAUUCUGAAGUAAUCAUAUUUUACAUUUGAUAAUGAUAACGGUGUAAGAUGACAUCCAUGCUAUGGACUUGUGAAAACCACAAUGUUUUUUUCAGGCUGAACAUGUUUGUCAACAGUGACUGUUGUUUACACUGUUGGAGCAUGUUCUCCUAUACCGGUAUGGUCAUUGUUUGUACAAAGCAUUUCAUGUGUCACACCUGCUAACAGACAUGCAUUUAAUAACAUCAGAUUAAUUUCAUUCACUAUUUUAUUGGAGAAUUAAGUUAUGAAUAUGAUUGUGAAUUACCGUAUUCGACGUAAUAAGCGCCCCGCUCUAAUAAGCGCUCACGGUGAUAUUUGCUAAUGUAUUGGCAAUUCCCAAUCUGUCCCAAUUCCUAAUCCCAAUUAGCAUCCCUUCCGAUUGAUCAAUGUACACAAGACUUAUUUAUUCGCGUAUAAUACGCACUCGUGUGUUAUAUGAACCCUUAAUUAUGGGCAAUCAAACCCUGGUAAUAUAUAUCUG